AUGGCCUGUGAGACGGCCUGUGAGACGGUCUGUGGGACGGCCUGUGAGACGGUCUGUGGGACGGUCUGUGGGACGGCCUGUGGGACGGUCUGUGAGACGGCCUGUGAGACGGCCUGUGGGACGGUCUGUGGGACGGUCUGUGGGACGGCCUGUGAGACGGCCUGUGGGGCGGUCUGUGGGACGGCCUGUGAGACGGCCUGUGGGACGGCCUCUGGGACGGCCUGUGGGACGGCCUGUGAGACGGCCUGUGGGACGGCCUGUGGGACGGCCUGUGAGACGGCCUGUGGGACGGCCUGUGGGACGGCCUGUGGGACGGCCUGUGAGACGGCCUGUGAGACGGCCUGUGAGACGGCCUGUGAGACGGCCUGUGAGACGGCCUGUGAGACGGCCUGUGGGACGGCCUGUGAGACGGCCUGUGAGACGGCCUGUGGGACGGCCUCUGGGACGGUCUGUGAGACGGCCUGUGGGACGGUCUGUGAGACGGCCUGUGGGACGGCCUGUGAGACGGCCUGUAGGUGA